GUAGUGUGGUCUCAAACAAAUUUGGUCGGAUGCGGGUACGCACGAUGCCGCGAUAUCUGGGGUGUUCUGGGUCGCGGUCAUCGGCACAUUUUCGUAUGUCAUUACAAUCCUCAGGGCAAUACUGUAUAUGUCACAAGGGAAGGAUUCUUUGCGGUACCGGCUUUUAAAUGGGCAGGUGAGAAGCGACGAUGUAGCGAAUGUCCAGCGGAUGCUCCAGCAUGCUACAAAGGACUAUGCUACGCACCACCACCUUCUGUGCAGACACAGCAAGCCGAUCCGGAAUUGGGUACCAGUGUAGUCGGUCGAAAAUAUCGGUAG